AUGUGGAAAUCAAUUCUUGGCACUCAUCACUCUGACCGCAGCACUCGAGCAUCUAAUUCAUGGAAAGCUCGGACCCUACAGCUUUUAGCCAUGCUUAGAGGAUCACAGUGUUGCAGGCAGAGGCCAGACGUUUCUCAACUGCCCGCUAACUUUUUUAGCAGCAAACUAUCGUGGAGAUUGCACGAUAUGGCGAAAGCAAAAUACUUUUACCUCUGGCUCUUCACAUUGGCAAUUUUUCCGGUGAUCGCUGCAAGUAUUUUGAAGAAAACUGGUACGUGGUCUUCGCCGAUUACUAAAGUUAUUGUGUUAUUAUGUGCUGAGUUUGUUUUGGCAUCCUUGCCCCUUGCUUGUCAGCUUAGAAAAGUAGAUAGCACUUCCAAGCUACGGUCACGGCUGGUGAAGGAAGUUGUCGGGCUUGGAUCAGAUUUCAAAUAUGACGACUGGGAUUCGAUUGCACAACAUGCAAACGAAUAUUUGCUUCAAGAAGGUUUCUGGCACUCCAAGCAUUGUAUCUACGACGGUGAGGAAUGUCUAAGCUAUUUCAGGGCUCAAUUUUAUCUCCCGAUCGUCAAUGAUCCAUCCGAAAAUCACGAUGAGCUACUCGCCGCUGAGCUUUAUGAGAACAGCUAUGGAAAUUACUGGAGUUCGCAAGGAUGCGGCAAAAUUGCAACGGUUCAAGAGGCAGGCCAAAGCUUGCCCAGAGACACCUAUCACUGCUCGUUAGUGUAUGAUUUGGUUUACGGUAGCAAGCAAGCAUUAAAAUGUCUUCCUGUUGCCGUGCUUGUAUAUUUGCUCAUGGCUUGGAAAGCAAACCUAAGAGUGACAGUUAUACUUUCAACGCUAGGGUUUUGCCAACUACUGUGUUUUUUCUGUCCCUUCACUAUAGCGAAACGAAAAUGGAUUCCUUUUACACCGAUACACGUAUUGACGUUAAUGAAUCUUGAGGUACAAUCGGAGUUUGGUGAAAGUGCUAGAAAAUGGGACGAGGUUGCGAAGAAAAUGAACAUCUAUUUAAAUGAGGAGGGUGUCUUGCCAGAGAGGAGGGUGUCUUGCCAGAGAGGAGGGUGUUUUUUGACGGGAAGGAUUGCCAUGCCAAAUUUGAAUCAUUGCUGGCCUUAA